AUGACGACUUACCUUCUCAAGCUCAUCUCCAUCUUCUUCCUCCUCAUUUCUGCCUUCCCACCGCAAGCUCUUUCGGACUCCGGCGAAUGCCAGACAGAGUCGAACUCUUGCAACAAUAAGUCUAGAGCGUUGCCCCUCAAGAUCAUUGCUAUAGUCUCCAUCCUAGUUACAAGCAUGAUUGGCGUGUCUUUGCCCCUUGUUACACGCUCAAUCCCAGCCUUACAACCCGAUCGAAACCUGUUUUUGAUCAUUAAAUCUUUCGCUGCAGGCAUUAUACUUGCAACCGGGUUCAUGCACGUUUUGCCUGACUCUUUUGAUAUGUUAUGGUCGGAUUGCUUGAAAGAGAACCCCUGGCACAAGUUCCCAUUUUCAGGGUUUCUGGCUAUGUUGUCUGCAAUAGUGACCCUAAUGGUGGAUUCUAUGGCCACGUGUAUUUAUAGCCGGAAAUGCAACGCCGGAGUUACUCCAGACCAUAAUAUUAAUGCUGUCCGGGCAGAUCAAGAGAUGGCUGUUGUAAGUGCCGGGCAUGUCCAUGCUCACGGCCAACAUCAUGGGGCGAAGGCUGGAAGUGGAGAGAUACAACUUUUACGUUAUCGUGUUGUCGCCAUGGUACUAGAAUUGGGUAUUAUUGUUCAUUCAAUCGUGAUAGGGCUUUCACUAGGUGCCUCAAACAACACUUGUUCAAUAAAAGGUCUCGUGGCUGCCCUUUGCUUCCAUCAAAUGUUUGAAGGGAUGGGUCUUGGGGGUUCCAUUCUCCAGGCAGAGUACAAGUUCUUAAAGAAGGCUAUCAUGGUGUUCUUCUUCUCUGUGACAACCCCAUUUGGGAUUGCCUUGGGGAUCGCGUUGUCAAAAACGUACAAAGAGAAUAGCCCUAGUGCUUUGAUAACGGUGGGACUGCUUAAUGCAUCAUCGGCUGGACUUUUGAUCUACAUGGCUUUAGUUGAUCUUCUUGCAGCGGAUUUUAUGGGUCCAAGGAUGCAGGCUAGCAUCAAGCUCCAGAUCAAAUCUUACAUGGCGGUUCUUUUGGGUGCUGGUGGCAUGUCUUUGAUGGCAAAAUGGGCUUGA